AGAUUCUGGACCUUGAGCGCGGUGAUAUAAACGCGGACAGUUUGUUAGUCAGGUGAAGAUGUUAGAAGGAAGUGCUUCCAAUGACGAAGUGAAGAAGACGUUGCCUCCUAAACAAACAUUUUUGUCACUCUCUUGGGAUUACUUUAAGUUGUUCCUGACAUGCGCCUCCAUUUACGGCGUAGGAUAUUUUCGACUUAGUACUACCUGGGUCUUGGUUGGGUCGCUUGGAUACUUCGUUUUGCAACAUACUAGAAAUAAGCAGUCAAGGUUAACAAGCUCACUUAAAGCCAUUGGAGAAGACGAAAAAGCAUUCAUAAUCCAAAAUUUUACCGUAAGAGAUCUUCCGUCUUGGGUUUACUUUCCAGAUGUUGAAAGAGCGGAAUGGCUAAACAAAGUAAUGAAGUCUAAAAAUGAGAUACUUUGUUAGGUUAUUAAACGAAUGUGGCCAUCCAUUAGUGAGUACGCGAGAGAUAUUAUCGUUGCAUCUAUCGAGCCUGUCGUUGCACAAAAUCUACCAACUGCACUAAAACCUUUUAAUUUUGCCACUAUUGACUUAGGUGACACGCCCCCUAGAAUCGGUGGAGUGAAAGUUUAUAUGAAUGAAAACAUCAGAAAGGAUGAAAUCGUUAUGGACCUAGACCUUAUGCUAUACAGUGAUGCUAGAAUCAAAGUAAACUUAGGAAAAGUCAAGGCGGGAGUGAAGGAGUUUGAGCUGCGUGGUACACUACGUGUCGUUAUGAAGCCUUUAGUUCCAAAAGUCCCGUUCGCUGGUGCGGUUACUGUGUGCUUUCUGGAUAGUCCAUAUAUCAAUUUCUCUUUAACUGAUAUGGGAAAUAUCCUGGGACUCCCUGGUUUGCAACAAACAUUGAAUACAGUACUUCGUAAUGUUGUCAACCAGUUGGUCGUCCUCCCAAAUCGUUUACCAGUUCAACUGGUUCCUGAUAUUGACAUACAGCGUUUGAAAUAUCCAUUACCUCAAGGCGUUCUUCAUAUCAAUAUCAUAUCUGGUCGAAAUCUUAAAGCAGGUGAUAAAAAUAUGAUUGGACACCGUACAUCUGAUCCAUAUUGUGUUAUACGAGUUGGCGCUAGAACGUUCACUACUUCUGUUGUUAAAGAAACACUAGAACCAGUUUGGAACCAACAUUUUGAGUCUAUCGUCGAUAUUUGUCAUGGUCAGUCAGUAACAUUUGAAGUAUACGAUAAAGAUCAAGGGAACAAGGAUGAUUAUUUAGGUUGUACUUCGAUACCAGUUGAGUCGGUAGUCAGUGAAGGUGAAAUAGAUACGUGGUCCUCAUUAGAAGGGGUAAAAACUGGUUCAUUACAUAUUCAAUUAACGUGGUUUCGACUGUCAAAUCAUGAAGUGGAUUUUGUACAGUCAAUGGAACAGGCUUUACAGUAUCGUAAAGCAUCCGGACGAAGUAUGAGUUCAGGAUUUUUAUACGUUGUUAUUGAACAAGCUAAUAAUUUGCCACCCGUAAAACAACUACAAGAACCUUCACCAUUUUGUAAUAUCCAUCUAGGACGUGAUUAUCAAACAAACGAAGUUAAAGAAAAAACACAAAAUCCUGUUUGGAAUUCUGUACAUCAUUUUCUUGUUAGUGAUCCAAACGUUGAUAUACUUCAACUUAUUAUACGUGACAGUCGGACGGAGACAAAACUGGGAUCUUGUAACAUCUCACUACAAACCUUAUUAACACAGAAGAAUAUGUCUGUCACGCAACCAUUCACCUUACAAGAUACAGGUCGAGAAACAUCAACCAUUUACAUGCAUUUACAACUGUUGGCUUUACUUCCUGGACAACGCCAAAAUCCAAGCGGGCAUGAUAAUACCAAUAUAAAACGGAGUUUAUCCCUGAAUAAGAAUUUUACUGAUAAUACUAUCCCAACUGAAAAACCUGCUGAAUCCCCCACAGGAAAUCCAGAAAUGGUUGUGAGAAAUCGUUUUCCUGAUGAUAAUGAUAUUAUUUCUUCCACAGAAUCUUUAUCAACAACAAACUUCGAUAAUCAGUCUGUUCAGCCAAUUAGACAAGUGAUGACUAGUAAUAGUAUACAACAAAUAAGCAAUUCGUCACUGGGUCGUAUUCGUUUAACUAUCCAGUUUCAUUGUCUAUCGAACUAUUUAGAAGUAACAGUACAUGAAUGUCAACAUUUAAGCGGUGUUGAUAAAGACGGUCUAUCUGAUCCAUAUGUAAAACUUUAUCUUAUGGAUUUACACGACAAUGUGGUCAGUGAUUCAAAAAAGACUAAAACUGUUAAAGAUAACUUGGAUCCAAAGUACGAAGAAAAUUUUCAGUUUCCCAUUGAGGCUGACCACCUUCCAUUGACCAUUCUAAGGUUGGAUAUCAAAAAUCACGUUGGGCGUUUUACACGUAGUGGAAAAACGCAUUUCAUCGGAACUUUGUCGAUAAAUCUUAUUGAUUCAGUAGACGGGAAAGCUGAUACUAAGUGGUACGACUUGGCGUCACCUAUUUUUCGACCAUAACUUCGUGUUUUCCUGUUCGAUAUACAUGCAGCUAUUGUCUCUAUGUUAUUUGGUCUUUAUUCAUCUUGCACACUCAAUGUCUGCAGUAUUCUUUAAUAAUAAUUAGUUACUUCCAUAAACUGUUGUCUCUAUUUCCAUUCAAUAAGUGUGAUUUAUUUUAAUCUUUGCUUUUCUUUGUAUUUACCUUCACUAAGAAGCAUGUAUAUUUAUAUUUCCAUAAUAUCAUAUUUUUAUAAAGAAUAAUUGUUAAUGGUUUCUAUUUACAACUCUGAAAGUGUAUGAAAUUUUAUUCUAUGACCUACUACUGAACGUUCAUUUAUACUUAUUUAUUUCAUGUUGCCGUGUGCGUCAUACUGUAAUCUUCCUUUAGAUUCUUUGCUUUUUGAGUUGCAUUAUUUUUCUCACAUCCAUAGUGAUAUAACCGCCAUUACUGCUACAUCGAAAAUUUACCUACCUAGAAAGUUGUGGCCUAUUUAACUAAUAUAUUUCUUGUGUUGGAUAGUCUUUUGUGCUUAGAUUUACUCAUACUUUGAAAAUAUAAUUUCUUUUUCAUAGAGUUC